AUGUCUGGGUUGCAGGCGAAAUGGGCUCUCCUGUCAAUGGCAGAACUCAGAUCAUAUAGACAGGCGUUGUCUACGGCAUCGGAGGCGUAUGAAAGAGGCUCUGCCCUCGUUGAAUACUGCCUAUUUUUCUUUUUGCCGUCACAGUACCAUCAGGCUGCAGACGGCGAGUCCACAGUUGAUCUCUCCUACCUGCGAUAUAUGUGUUUGGAAUCGCGUCUUCUGCUAAAUGCCGUGUCAGCAUGUGCACUAGUUACCUCGCAUAAUGGACUUGCAGAUAGCUCGGGAGAGUCACCCCAUAAACUAUAUAUGAAUGCUAUCUCUGAGAUAUCCACAGGAAUCGCUCAGGGUGCGCUUCGUGGAACAGAGGACUAUCUUCUCGCGACGGUCUUAUGGCUUUGCGUAUACGAGAAAUUCCAAGGCCAAAAACCACAUGAGCCGCCAGCCUCGUUCCUAGGGCUCGACGUUUAUCCGCUCAAAGAGACAGAUAUACACGAAAAUUAUACCAUAGAGUCUCCCGUCCUCGGAGCUCCUUAUAACAUGUUUCUCUUCCUUGUGGAAGGUAUUCGACUCGUACGUACUCUAUGUCCGGGAAUGCAAUCUACUCUUGAAGCGGACUACGCGUGUUAUAGUGACUCGCGUCGAUGGAUUGGGAAACUAUAUGCCGUUGCCAUCCGGCUUCUGUUUCUCUACGUUAUCUCCGUUCUGGAAUAUAGUAACGCGCAUAUCUCUGGAAUAUCUUCUAUGUGGUAUACAGAGAUGGAGUGCACUCUUAGUGAAGCACGAAAUCUUCUAAUAGCAACAGAGGACGAUGUUGAUAGGACGUGGGGCAAAUUUUUCCUGUGGCCUCUCGCCAUUAUUGGUGCUAUGAUCUACGACGACCAUGGCAUCUCUCUGGUCAAAAUAUGGCUUGAUCGUGUCAUUAGAAAGAGCAACCACAGCAGCGCUCUAGUUAUCAGGAAGGUUCUAGAGGAACAGAUAUGGAAUCAUGAAAAUCACACCAGUUCACCGGAAACUACCUGUGAGGUUUAUACGCGAGGUCUAUCGAUUGUUUUCAAUACUGACAUCAUGAAUCAUACUGCCACUUCUCUGAUCGCUUGA